AUGGCAGACUACUACACAUUAGCGGAAGGCUGUCCAUUCGCAAGCAGCAGUACAGCUGUUCAGCUACGUAACGGGCAAGGGGGUGGACUUGGGUUGCUUGAAGAUACCCAGCUCAUUGAGACUCUGGCCCAUUUUUCGCGUGAGAGGAUUCCGGAGAGAGUCGUUCAUUCCAAAGCUUCCGGAGCCUAUGGCGAAUUUGAGGCUACCCGCGAUUGUUCCGACUUUACGUCCGCUAGUUUCCUCAACAAGGUCGGGAAGAAGACCCCAGUGCUGCAGCGGGUGUCAACGGUUGGCCCUGAAGCGGGCUCUGCCGAUACUUCUCGUGAUGUCCACGGAUGGGCGAUGAAGUUUUAUACUGAUGAGGGCAAUAUGGACUGGGUUUUCAACAACACACCAGUUUUCUUUAUUCGUGAUCCAAUCAAGUUCCCGUCCCUCAACCGAUCUCACAAACGGCAUCCUCGGACUCAUCUUCCAGAUGCAAACAUGUUUUGGGACUUCCACGUCGGUAAUCCAGAGGGUAUGCAUGAACUGCUACAUCUAUUCAGUGAUCGCGGUACUCCAAAGUCUAUCCGGCACAUGAAUGCAUAUAGUGGGCAUACAUAUAAGUUCACCAAACCGGACGGGUCAUUCAAGUAUGCCAAAAUCCAUGUCAAAACGCAACUAGGAGUGGAGAAUUUCACCAAGGAAGAGGCCACCAAAAUAGCCGGCGAAAAUCCGGAUUAUCUCAUUCAGGACAUGUUUGAAGCCAUUGAGAGGGGUGACUUUCCCGUGUGGAAUGUCUAUGUUCAACUGAUGACUCCCGACGAGGCUAAGAAUUAUCGAUGGAAUAUCUUCGAUAUGACCAAGGUUUGGCCACAUAAGGAUUUCCCUCUGCUGCAAAUCGGACGCCUUACGAUGAACCGUAAUCCAAAUAAUUACUUCGCGGACAUUGAACAAGCCGCAUUUUCACCGUCUACAAUGGUGCCAGGAUUUGCUGCAUCGGCUGAUCCUGGUACAGUUCUGCAAGCCCGACUGUUUGCAUAUCCCGAUGCUGCGCGUUAUCGGAUUGGCGUCAAUUACCAGCAACUCCCGACCAAUGCAGCCAAAGCCCCUGUCUAUUGCCCUUUCCAAAGGGAUGGUGCGAUGAGAUUCGACGGAAACUACGGCGCUGAUCCUAAUUACGUCAGCUCGUCCCUUCAGCCAACCAAGUUCUACCCAGCCGUGAAAAAGACGGAUCCUGCAGCACUGAGUCUACACACUGAACAUGAGAAGUGGGUGGGCGAGGUGGUAAGUUACGCGAGCCAUGUCACUGAUGAGGACUUUAUCCAACCCGCAGCAUUGUGGGAGGUUAUUGGUCGGGAGCCCGGUCACCACGAUCGGUGUAUUGGGAAUAUCGUUGCUCAUUUGAAGGGCGUGAAGAGCCAUGAAUUACGCAGAGCUGUUUAUGGACUUUUCUCUCGUAUCAACAAAAGUCUGGGAUUGAUGGUGCAGGAACGUACGGAAGAGGCAGUUCAAUCCCCCUGA